GAUUCUAACUUAACCUAACCAAAACACAAAAUUGUACAGGAUUGAAAUUGUGAUGAAAGCGAUCUGUGUUUUUCUAAGUUUUUAGUUGUUGAAAAAUGGCUACUGUGAAAUUUGGAAAACACUUGAAAGAGUUGAGAAUUCUCCUCUGCCAAACGUCCAAAUCUAGUCAAGGCGUUAGAGAUUUCAUCGAGCAACAAUAUGUACCGUUAAAGAAAAAUAAUCCGAGAUUUCCCGUUUUGAUCAGAGAAUGUUCGUCAAUUGAACCGAAACUGUAUGCGCGUUACGAAUAUGGCGUAGAACGUUGCGUGCCUCUAUCGAACCUGAAGUCUGAGGAGAUACUUGGGAGGGUUCAAGAAUUAGCAUCUCAAAAAUAGAUAUACUUUAUUAUGUUUUAUCAUAUGUGUAAUAUGUAUAGUGUUUUAAUAAAAUAGUGUAUCAAAUGAAAGGAGAAAAUUGCAUUGGCAGGAAUCUAUUAGAUCUU